AUGGCAUGCAAGGCAGGUUUUGUCGCUGCGAAUCGCCAGGUUUCGCCAUCCUCGAUCGCCUUUGUGUAUAGAAAAGGCAGCCUCAUCAAAUACGCUCUCCAUGUUCAAAGCCCCGGUGGAGCAGAUGCCAUGGCAUUGGCUGCGAAAACUGCCGACCGCAACAACCGGUCCGCGCUACCACCACCGUGGGCGCCCAGCCAGUUGAAUCAACAUUCUGUCCCUAAUGAAGAUGCCGUCUUCUCGGAGAGCUCAUGGUCUCAGAACACUACUCACAGCGCCAGGAGCACAACUGCGACCUCGUUCAAUAUCCAAGGAUCAUGUUCCAACGCUGAAGCCCAAGCUUUAGGUUCCCUGUCUGGGGCAGACAUAGAGCUGUCUUCUAUUUCUGGCCAUGGAUAUCCUAACGACGACCCUCCUCAGCAAAUCUCGGAAGACAGCACUCAAUUCCACGAUUUAUCCGUUAUUGUGACCGAGGAACAAAAUGAGUCACGCAACGCUUUGGAGUCUUCCAACCGGCAGUGGUCAUUUGCCACAUCCUUCAAAGACUCACUGCGUUCCGCUUAUCAAUAUAUCCCGAAAUACGAGAUCACUUCAAACACGAUGGCUCUGAUGGCUCUCAUUCUAACUGCAUUCUUUGGUUAUGAAACAUACAAACUUGCACAAGAGAGCAAUCGGCUGGCCAAAAUAGCCACAGGGGCUCAGCUUCGCCAGACCUGUAAGGAUGAGAAGGAAAAGGGAGCCUUCAGCGAGGUGUGCAAGCAGGUCUUGAGCUCUUCUAUUGGGUCGCCUUACGUCCCUGAAACGUCGAAUGUCGUGAGGCGUGUGCUUGGAUUCCUCCAGCACCAUCGAAAUUCCUCAGCAGUCAUCUAUCCAAGACUCUAUGAAAUUAGCACUCCACGUUGGUCAUUUGUAUUUCAUGGGUUUUUGAUCAACCUCGUUCUGCUCAUCACCGCAUGCACUAUAUCUGGGCUCAAUGGCGGUGGCUUCCAAUCUAUCAGGCGACUACGACGAACCCAUGGAUCUCAACCAAGCGCUUUCAACCCAGUUGACAUUAGCCUUGCGCGUAUUCAACCUGACGAAAAUGCUUUAUGCUUCGCCAGCGCGUUGCAGGGACAUCGGCCAAGAGCUCGGAGAAGGAUCGUUCAAUACGCAUACAAACAAAACCAUGAAGAGUACAGUAGCUCUCGAAGCCUCAAAUCUCAAUUGACCGCUUCUGGUCCCUUUUACGAUCGCUCCAUACAUUCUCAACCUCCCAGAGAUUUUAUGAGCCUCGACAACGGGGUCGUAGACAACUCAUAUCAAAUUUCAGAGGGGAGUCAUUCAUGA